AUGUCAACAUCUUCAUUGUAUAAUAAUAAUAAUAAUAAUGUGAAUAAAAUCACUACUACAGAAUUUCAGAUAGAAACAGAAAAUAUUACUUGUUCAACUGUUAGUAUAGAACAAAUAGACGAAGAGAAUCAAACAGAUGUUGAAUUGAAUAUAAAUUUAACAAAUUAUCAUAUACUAAAUAAAAGUCGAAUAGAAUUAAAUGAAUCCUUUGAAAAUGAAAGUAUUCUAUUAAAUGAAUCAGAAAUCCUUUCAAAUAACUUAAAGAUAUUCAAUAAAGAAUCAUAUGUUCAAAGUCCAAUUUUAUUAGACUCACAAGAUAUAUUAAAUCAUUUGACAUAUUUACAAAAUCCAAUGAAUUAUAUCGUUAAAAAUUCAUUUCAUCCAACAAAUUGUGACAAUGAUGAUCUUAUUGAUGAUAAUUUUACUAAUGAUGAUGAUGAUGAUGAUGAUGAUGGGGAUGGGGAUGGCGAUAGCGAUAAGAAUAGUGAUGGUAACAGGAUUCAUGUUGCCAAUAUAGAAAAUUUUACCAUUAAAACAACUGAUUAUCCUAAAUCACCUUAUUUAUCUUCAUUUGAAAGUUUGAUAAGUUUUAAGUGUAAUUCUGUUUUUGAACAAUCUUUAAUUCAUAUAAAAUCUCCAUUAUAUGAAGAUAUCUCCCAAAAAAUAUAUCAGAAUGAAUUUAUAAAUUAUAUUCAAACAAAUAAUAACAAUAACAAAAUUGAAUAUUUGACAGAAUUAUCAAAAAAGAUAAAUAAUUUUGAAAUGAAUAGUUUAUAUCAUUUUCAUGAUUCUAUUCAAACAAAUAAUAUUGAAGAAAAUAUAAUUCAAAAUUUUAACUAUAAUAAAGAUUUAUUCACAAUUGAACAGAAUAUAAUGGAAGAGAUUAAAAGUGUUCAAGGUGAUUCAUAUCCAUCGAAUAAAACCUACAAUUUAUCACCUGGAAAAAAAGUGAACUUACCAACUUAUAAUAAUUAUUCAACUAAAUCAAUUAUAUCAAAAAAUAUCAUAGAAGUUGAAUUACAACGUGAACGUUUAGAAAAUAGUCGUGAACGUAAAGCUGCUAGAACAUUAGCUAUUAUUACAGGUUGUUUUAUUCUAUGUUGGUUACCAUUUUUUUGCAUGCAUUAA